AUGAGUGUGGUUAGGAGUGGGUACCUUGUGGCGCUGCCUUCGGGGCCGGGGGGCCUUCCGGCGAAGGCGGCGGUGGGGGUUGCCUCAGCCGAGGGUCGCGCGGGCAGGCCGAGCCCCGCCCCCAAACCGCAGCCCCGCCCCCAAAACGCAGAAACGCCCCCAAACCGCAACCACGCCCCCAAACAGGCAUCUCCCUCAGAACAAGCCUCGCCCCAAACCGCAGCCACGCCCACUGACCGCAGCCCCGCCCCCAAAAUAGCCACGCCCCCAAACCAGGCCUCGCUCUCAGAACAAGCCCCGCCCCCAACUGCACACACGCCCCCAAACCGCAGCCCCGACCCCCGAACAGGCCUCACCCUCAGGCCAAGCCCCGCCCACAGACCGCAGCCCCGCCCCCAAACCAGGCCUGGCCCUCAGACUAAGCCCCGCCCCCAACCACAGACACGCCCACAGACCGCAGCCCCGCCCCCAAACCAGCCACGCCCCCAAAGCAGGUCUCUCCCUCAGGCCAAGCCCCGCCCCCAAACCGCAGCCCCGCCCAUCGACCGCAGCCCCGUCCCCAAACAAGGCCUCACCCUCAGAACAAGCCCCGCCCCCAACCACAGACACGCCCCCAAACCGAAGUCCCGCUCCCAAAACCAGGCCUCGCCCUUAGAACAAGCCCCGCCCCCAACCACAGACACGCCCCCAAACCGCAGCCCCGACCCCCCAAACCAGGCCUCUCCCUCAGGCCAAGCCCCGCCCCCAACCGCAGACACGCCCCCAAACCGAAACACGCCCCCAAACCGCAGCCCCGCCCCCAAAACCAGGACUCUCCCUCGGGCCAAGCCCCGCCCCAAACCGCAGCCCCGCCCACCGACCGCAGCCCCGCCCCCCGCCCCCCAAACCAGGCCUCUCCCUCAGGCCAAGCCUCGCCCCCACACCAGGCCUCGCCCCCCAAUAACAAUAACGAUGACCAAGCCCCGUCCCCAACUGCAGCACCGCCCUCAGACCAAGCCCCGCCCCAACCGCAGACAUGCCCCCAAAGCCAGGCCUCGCCCUCAGAACAAGCCCCGCCCCCAAACCGCAACCCCGCCCACAGACCGCAGCCCCGCCCCCAAACUAGACCUCGCCCUCAGAACAAGCCCCGCCCCAACCGCAGACACGCCCCCAAACGGCAGGCCCGCCCCAAAAACCAGGCCUCGUCCUCAGAACAAGCCCCGCCCCCAAACCGCUACCCCGCCCCCAGACCAGGCCUCGCCCUCAGAACAAGCCCCGCCCCCAACCGCAGCACCGCCCUCAGACCAAGCCCCGCCCCCAAACCUCAGGCCUCGCCCUCAGGCCAAACCCCGCCCCCAACUGCAGCACCGCCCUCGGACCAAGCCCGCCCCCAAACCGCAGCCCCGCCCACAGAUCGCAGCUCCGCCCCCAAACCAGGCCUCCCCCUCAGAACGAGCCCCGCCCCCAACCGCAGACACGCCCCCAAAUCCAGACCUCGCCCUCAGACCAAGCCCCGCCCCCAAACCAGGCCUCGCCCCCAGACCAAGCCCCGCCUCCAAACCGCAGCCCCGCCCCAAACCGCAACCCCGCCCACAGACCGCAGUCCCGCCCCCAAACCAGGCCUCGUCCGCAGAACAAGCCCCGCCCCCAACCGCAGACACGCCCUCAGAUUGA